UCCCCAUUGUCACUCCCACACAUUCCUCUAGUCCAAUCACUGAAUUUUAAUUCUAUUGAGAAUUACUAAUAUGAUAUUAAUAUUUGAGAAUAAAUUGAAAAAACAAUUGAAUUAAUAUUCCCUCUUCUCUAAAAACUAAAAGGAAACAACUCUAUUUUUUCUCUUUUGUUACUGGCCUCUGCAUCUGUAUGUGUCUCCUUUGGCAUUUUGUUUUGGCCUAUGGUUUUUUUUGGCUCUUUUCUCUUUCUUUCUCUCUGUGUUGCUUUUAAUUUUCAUUAAAGAUCUCAUCUUAACUUGUUUUUUGUGUGUUGAAGAGGAUAAUGGUAGUAGUAGAAUCACAGAGGAGAAGGGACUAACAUAGUGAGGCUACUAACCAACAACAAAUCCACAUGGAGUUUGUGGGGAUCAACUAAAAGUUGAGAAAUCAUACAUGGGCAUUCCCAGAUCUCUAGGAUCUUACAAGCCCUGGUUUUGAAUGGUAUUGCUUGUUUCUCGAGAAAAUUCUCUUCUUUUUCAGCUGAUAGUUCAGCUCAUUUUGAUUCCCAUAUUCUGUGUGCCUCAGCUGGGUGCUCUUUAUGAUAUUGAAUUUUGGUUCCAUUUGAACAUCUUUAUCUGGUUUCUGCAAGUGAGAGGGCAAAACGGGUACAAUAUUCUUGUUAUCGAAAUGGUGGUGGCUUUUUGCUUUAUGCGGCUUUGAUUCUGGAGGGAGCUUUUUAUUUGGAUAAGGUAGUUUAAAGUUCAUGGCUUCCAGAAUGUGGCUUGUGGGCUUGACGGAUAUGGCGAUUAUGAUCAAAGGAUAGUUGUUGUUCAAAGAGAGUAAAGUUAGUGCAGUGUGAGAAGAAAACAUGGCAGAGAGGAUUUUCUGGCUGUGGGGAAUAGGGUUUCUGAUUUCGGCAUUGUUGGAGAUUUCUUCUGCUACUCUUUCUCCCACUGGUAUAAACUAUGAAGUGGUUGCUUUGGUGAGUAUAAAAACUGCUUUACAUGAUCCGUACAAUGUUCUGGAGAGUUGGGAUAUCAACUCUGUUGAUCCUUGUAGCUGGAGAAUGGUUACUUGCUCUCCUGACGGAUAUGUUUCUGCCUUGGGACUUCCAAGUCAGAGUUUGUCCGGGAGCUUAUCGCCUUGGAUUGGGAACCUUAGUAACUUGCAAUCAGUGUUGUUGCAGAAUAAUGCAAUUUCAGGCCGUAUACCAGCUGCAAUUGGUAAGUUGGAGAAGCUUCAAACGCUUGAUCUAUCCAACAAUACGUUCAGUGGAGAAAUACCAGCAUCUUUGGGGGACCUCAAGAACCUGAAUUACCUGCGGUUAAACAACAACAGCCUUUCUGGACCCUGCCCUGAGACACUGUCCAACAUUGAAGGUCUCACUCUUGUGGACCUUUCAUUUAACAAUUUGAGCGGUUCGUUGCCCAAAAUAUCAGCAAGAACUUUCAAAGUUAUAGGCAACCCUUUAAUAUGUGGACCAAAGGCCAGUAACAACUGCUCUGCUGUCUUUCCAGAGCCUCUUUCUCUCCCACCAGAUGGUCUAAAAGGUCAAUCUGACUCUGGAACCAAUAGCCAUCAUGUGGCUAUUGCUUUUGGUGCAAGUUUUGGAGCUGCUUUUUCCAUCAUAAUUGUUAUUGGGUUACUCGUUUGGUGGCGGUAUAGACGCAACCAGCAGAUUUUCUUUGAUGUUAAUGAACAAUAUGACCGAGAGGUAUGUUUGGGCCAUUUGAGAAGAUAUACAUUUAAGGAGCUCAGGGCUGCAACUGAUCAUUUCAAUUCAAAGAACAUUCUGGGGAGAGGUGGAUUUGGGAUAGUUUACAAGGGAUGUUUGAAUGAUGGAACGCUGGUGGCUGUCAAAAGGCUGAAGGACUAUAAUGUGGCUGGUGGUGAAAUCCAAUUCCAGACAGAAGUAGAGACAAUUAGCUUAGCUGUCCAUCGAAACCUGCUCAGGCUCUCUGGGUUCUGCACCACUGAGAAUGAAAGGCUUCUUGUUUACCCCUAUAUGCCAAAUGGAAGUGUAGCAUCUGGAUUAAGAGACCACAUUCAUGGCCGGCCAGCUUUGGACUGGGCAAGGCGAAAGAAGAUAGCUUUAGGUACAGCAAGAGGGCUGCUUUAUUUGCAUGAGCAGUGUGACCCCAAAAUUAUUCAUCGUGAUGUCAAAGCGGCCAACAUUUUGUUGGACGAAGACUUUGAGGCAGUUGUUGGUGAUUUUGGGUUGGCCAAGCUUUUGGAUCACAGAGAUUCCCAUGUGACCACAGCUGUGCGUGGCACUGUUGGCCACAUUGCUCCAGAGUACUUAUCAACAGGUCAGUCAUCGGAGAAGACUGAUGUGUUCGGGUUUGGGAUAUUGCUUCUUGAGCUUAUCACUGGUCAGAAGGCUUUGGAUUUUGGAAGAGCAGCUAACCAGAAAGGUGUCAUGCUUGAUUGGGUGAAGAAGCUUCAUCAAGAGGGCAAGUUAAAUCUACUAGUGGACAAGGAUCUGAGGGGAAAUUUUGACAGGAUUGAAUUGGAAGAAAUGGUUCAGGUAGCUCUUUUAUGUACUCAGUUUAAUCCUUCUCAUCGCCCGAAGAUGUCUGAAGUACUGAAAAUGUUAGAAGGUGAUGGUUUAGCUGAGAAAUGGGAAGCAUCACAAAAGAUUGAAACGCCAAGGUUGAGAUCAUGUGAAAAUCAUCCUCAAAGAUACUCAGAUUUUAUAGAAGAAUCUUCACUUGUGAUUGAAGCAAUGGAGCUUUCUGGCCCUCGGUGACGAAUCCUUCCACACUUGCUCUUACACUAUCUUAUGUUUAUGAAAAGCAAAGCUCUGAAAAUUAGGAAGAUAUGCCAAUGGUGUUGAUAUAAUAUCUGUUGAAUGCAUGUAUUCAUCUGUAAAAAAAAUGAAAAGGAAAGUCAUGUAUAAGCAUAUUGUUCUUUGUUGGAAAAACCAGUUGAGUUGA